AUGCUCGUGUCCAACGUGAGCUUGAGCGGCUGCGCGAAGGUGAACAGCGCGCUGUGUACCGGAGCCGGGGAGGGACAGCUGGAGAGCAGCUCGUACCGGACGACCCUCAGCCCCACCGGCCACCUGGUCGUGGCUGUGUGUUUGGGCUUCAUCGGCACGUUGGGACUCCUGAACAACCUUGUGGUGCUGCUGCUGUUCUGCCGCUAUAAGAUCCUGCGCUCGCCCAUCAACCUGCUGCUGAUUAACAUCUGCAUCAGCGACCUGCUGGUGUGCGUGCUGGGGACGCCGUUCAGCUUCGCCGCCAGCACGCAAGGGAAAUGGCUCAUCGGGGACUCGGGCUGCGUGUGGUACGGCUUCGCCAAUUCCCUUUUCGGCAUCGUGUCACUGAUCUCGCUGGCCGUCCUUUCCUUUGAGCGCUACAGCACCAUGAUGGGCCCAGCAGAGGCCGACUCCACUAAUUAUCGAAAGAUGUCCCUGGGCAUCGCUCUGUCCUGGUGCUACUCUCUCAUCUGGACAAUGCCACCGCUCUUUGGUUGGAGUCACUAUGGUCCCGAAGGACCUGGAACUACCUGCUCCGUUGACUGGAUGGACAAAACGGCAAAUAACAUCUCCUAUAUCAUCUGCCUGUUUGUCUUCUGUCUGAUCGUACCAUUCUUGGUCAUCGUAUUCUGCUAUGGCAAACUGCUUUAUGCCAUCAAACAGGUCAGUGGGAUCAACCCGGCGGUGAGCAGAAAACGCGAACAGCGUGUACUGUUCAUGGUGGUGGUCAUGGUGGUCUGUUACCUGAUGUGCUGGCUGCCAUACGGGGUCAUGGCCCUGCUGGCCACCUUCGGGCCCCAAGGCCUGGUCACCGCGGAGGCCAGUAUCAUUCCCUCCCUCCUGGCUAAGACAAGCACUGUCAUCAACCCGGUCAUUUACAUUUUCAUGAAUAAACAGUUCUACAGAUGUUUCCUAGCCCUGCUGCGCUGCAAGACACCCCAGCGAGGCUCCAGCUUGAAGAGCUCCUCUAAGGUCGCCACCAAGGUCAUCCGUGGCGGCAAUGGCAACGGUGCCCGCCGUACCAAUGACAACAACUUCCCCUUCAUGGUAGCCUCCCUGGGCCAACCGGCCACCACGGUGCCCCAGCUGGACACUCCAGCGGAGGCCACCUACAACGCCACUGAAGGCCCGUCAUCUGAUAUCAACCCGCCUGUCGUGGUGUCGCUGGUGGUGCAAUAUAAUGAGUGA